AUGGUGAAGUCCAUACGGAUUAAGUCAAAGGAAUAUUGGGAUGCAGACAUCCCUGAAUACAAUCGUAGUGGUGAGUUGUUUACAGUAACUAUGUGGUGGGCUGGAACAUUUCAAACAGAAGGUUUUGUGUGUUAUCCAGGAGGGUCUAAAAUGACAUUUUAUUUUGUCCAUAUGAGGUCUUUGAAUAAUUCCACAUUGAAGAAAAUGUCUGACAAAUUUGGUGUUGUUGGUAGUAGGAAGUACUUCUUAUUGCUUGGUUUGGCUUUCAAGCCACUGCUUGAUGAUGAAGACAUUAAAAUAAGGACUUUAUAUCAUAAAUAUGGUUGUAGAGAAAUGACUUUGUAUGUUGAAAAUGAAGGUACAUUCAGUCCUUCUAGUUUGUCCAUGGAUGGGGGAUGGAUUAAUUUUGACUCUGAUUCUGAGAGUGGGAGUGGUUCUGAGAGUGAAAAUGGGAUUAAAAAAAUGAAAAUGAGAUUGGGAAGUGGUGCUGAAAGUGAAAAUGAGAGUGAAAAAAAUGAAAAUGCGAGUGAGAAGGGCAAUGGUUCUGAGAGUGGGAAGGGUGAUGAUUGUGAGAAUGAAAAUAUUGAACAUGAGAGUGGGAAGGGCAAUGGUUCUGAGAGUGGGAAGGGUGAUGAUUGUGAGAAUGAAAAUAUUGAACAUGAGAGUGGGAAUUUUGUUGGUGAGAAUUUAGAUAGAGGCAAGAAGAUGAGGAUGAUUUUCUUUCUUAAUAGUGAUUAUGAUUUCAGAAAUAGUAGCAGUGAUGAUGAUGAUGCAUUGUUUAGUGAGAAUGUGGAUGCAGGGGCUAAUAAGGNUGGUGAUUCUAGUACUGAUAGUGAUGAUGAUGUGGUUGAGGUUCCUGAUGAUUUAGAUAAACUGAGG